AUGUCUAGAGACCCUGCCUUCCAGGUCCCCCCCUUCUCGGUCCGGCUCCUCGAGCAGACGACGACUCUUCAUGACCCUGACCAGCUCCUGUCUUUCUUGCCCGCAUCGUACCGUGAUGGCCGAGGUGAUUUGAUCGCUGCAGCUCAUAAUAUCGCUGCCUGCGUAGAGAAGGAAUUGAAUCUGGCUCGGCUUACUACCGUUCACCAUUGGCUCUGGAUCGCUGGAUUGCCUUUGCCACCACGGGCCCUACAUCACCAGCUCCUGCUGGGUCGGGAGAUCUUCAUCACAGAGCAGAUGGAUAUGCAUCUCGUCUGGACGUCAGGCCGGAUGUUCCUCAAACCAAUUCCGCUCUUCCUCUUGGAACCAAAUUUCUGGACCGAAUAUCUCAGCUGCCAACCUGAAUGCGGCUGCUCAGCCAACACUUUGACAGAGUGCAAGCGUCGACGGCUCUACCGACGAGCGCUGGGCUUCCUCUUCUCCUAUACCGCCCUGCUCUCCCACGAAAGUGAUUUUCGCAUUGCUCAAGACCGACAUCUACUCCGGCCAGAGAUAACCUGGUCCGCAUGGCGCAUAUUCGUAGAGCAGCUGGACACAAAAUACAUCUACCCCCGCAUCGACCGCCGCUUCCUUCACGGCGAGCUGCGCCUGAGUCGCUUGAAUAAAAUCUACGCGCUCUACCAAACACCCCUUCGCGGGUAUAUGGCGCGGUGGGAUCGGUAUGGCGCCUUCUUCCACGAUUACUUUUCGUGGCUCGCUAGCGUCACCGUCUACAUUGCAAUUGUCUUGACAGCGAUGCAGGUGGGCCUUGCGACCGACGCCUUGGCGCACAGUCCCACGUUUCAGUCUGCCUCGUACGGCUUCACAGUGUUUUCGAUCCUGGGGCCCCUCGUUGCCUCCGCGCUUAUUAUUCUGCAAUUCUGCGGGAAAUCUCUCAGUCGAUAUGCUGACUACAUGUCACCCGGGAAAACUACAAGGAAUACCGUUCUUUGUUAUUGUAUCCUAGUACAACGCGAUGAACGCCGACAACGGCCGAGCCGCAGCACUGGGAAGAUGUCUCGGCCGGCAACUCACUGGAUCGCCGUCUUAGUUGCAAUCGAUACCGCAGACCGAUUAGGAAACCCCGAUUCGAUAGCUGAGCUAUACAGCGGACAAUGCUCGUGUGCGGCUCACCUGGCAACAGGCUUGCAUGUGGUGAUCAAAAUCAUAAGUACGAUUCUACUCGGGGCCAGCAACUAUACUAUGCAGUUUCUGGGCGCCCCCUCUCGUUCUGACGUUGACCGAGCCCACGCAAAACCACGCUGGUUGGAUGUGGGAGCUUUCCAGCUUUCGACAUUUUCCAAUAAUGAGUCUCAACAGAAAAUUUCAUGGGUGUUGCUGGUGAUGAGCUCGAUCACAAUCAACCUGCUUUACAACUCGGCCUUAUUCCUCUUUAUUUUCACCUUUGAUUAUGGGUAG